CCACAAUUAGGAAUCGAUAUCACCAGGUGCUGCUCCAGCUUCAUUUCUUCACCACUUCAGCUAGCUCAAACCACAUCACCUGUGAACACUCAGAAGUUCAAUCAAUCAAAAACCCAUUAUGAAGAAAUUACACUCAGCCUUCAGAUUCUACGAAAAUUCCCUACAUUUGAAGCUUUGAAUACUUUAAAUUCGGUCAAGGGUUUUUCAUAUAAACAACUUUGCCUUCUGUUACCCAUAUGCAUUUACGCUCCAUCUUCUUCCUCAACCAGUCGUUGAAACGAGACCAUCGACCAUCAUAUUCUUCAGCCACCUCUUCCCCUGCUCAAGCACUUCGUUCGCUAUUCCACCGACGUCGAUGUUGUCGGAUUCAUCCUCCGCGUCGUCGUCUUCCUCAGAACAAAGUGAAUGUUCAUAGAGUGGUUGCUCUUCGUGAAGCAUUCAUGUUGUUCGAUUUUGAGGAUGAUACGGUGGACAACAAGAAGGAUGGUUUUUUAGGGCAACUAAUCGAGUGGCUUCUUCAACAAGUUGAAUUCACCAUCAUCGCCGCCACCAACACCGGUGCAAUCCAUACGAACUUCACUUCACCCAAUAUCACACUCCGAAAAUCCGGUUCCAGCAUGCCAGUUCCUUCACAACUUCGAUUCGGUGAUUUUUUUAUGGGAACUGGGUUAUCCUCAUCAGAAAAUAGUAACCUAACCUUUUCAGUUUUGGCAACAAAUCUUCACCAGAUAUGCACCACAGAGUAG